CAUUACCACACUUUUCCUAGCCAUGAAGAGCUUUACUCUUUUGCUAGUCAUUCUAUUGUUUCUCCUCCCUAUUUCUGUAUUUUCUGAAUGUACGUGUGACAAAUCAGAGGUUGAAGGAGGGAAGAAUAGAGCAGAGGCUCUAAAGUACAAAUUGGUAGCCAUAGCUACAAUUCUCAUUGCUGGUGGUAUUGGGGUGUCAGUCCCAGUUUUGAGCAAAACCUUCCCAUCUUUUUCGCCUGAAAAUGAUAUCUUUUUCAUGAUUAAGGCUUUUGCUGCAGGGGUCAUUUUAGCUACUGGGAUGGUCCAUGUUUUACCAGAUGCAUUUGAGAGCCUGACUAGUCCAUGUUUGAAUGAAAAUCCCUGGGGGUUUCCUUUUUCUGGCUUUGUAGCCAUGCUUUCGGCUAUUGGGACUUUGAUGGUGGAUACUUUUGCUACUAGCUAUUACCAGAGGUCCCAUUUUUGUAAGGCCAACCCAGUCUCUGGGGACGCAGAAAAAGUUGGUGAUCAUCAAGCUCAUGUCCACCUUCACACACAUGCAACUCAUGGCCAUGCUCAUGGCUCUACUUUGUCAUCAAAUGAGGAGUCCAGUUCAUCAGCCCUGAUUCGGCAUCGUGUUGUUUCACAGGUUUUGGAGAUGGGAAUUGUGGUGCAUUCUGUGGUCAUUGGCAUAUCUUUGGGCGCAUCAGAGAGUCCCAAAACAAUCAAACCCCUUGUAGCAGCAUUGACUUUUCAUCAACUUUUUGAAGGCAUGGGCUUGGGAGGUUGCAUAUCUCAGGCAACAUUCAAGGCUAAGACUAUCACAGUAAUGGCAAUUUUCUUUGCCCUGACAACGCCCAUUGGAGUUGCGAUUGGUAUAGGAAUUUCAAACAUCUAUGAUGAGAAUAGCACAACAGCUCUAAUUGUGGAGGGCAUCUUCAACUCUGCGUCAGCUGGAAUUUUAGUUUAUAUGGCACUUGUUGAUCUCCUUGCUGCCGAUUUUAUGAAUCCCAGACUUCAAAAUAACUCAAGGCUCCAAUUUGGAGCCAACUUUUCACUGCUGCUGGGAGCAGGUUGCAUGUCACUUUUGGCUAAAUGGGCCUAAUAUUAUUGUAUGUAUUAGUAUAACCUAGGAAUAGUUACUUUGGAAAAGUUUCACCCUCACAUCUCUUGGGAAGCAAAUUCAUUUUUGAAGAUGGAUUCAUUAA